CUCUGAAGAUGAAGUGGAUGUGCUUUUACAUGGAACUCCAGACCAAAAACGAAAACUCAUCAGAGAAUGUCUUACUGGAGAAAGUGAGUCAUCUAGUGAAGAUGAAUUUGAAAAAGAAAUGGAAGCUGAAUUGAAUUCUACCAUAAAAACAAUGGAGGACAAAUUAUCUUCUCUAGGAACAGGGUCUUCUUCAGGAAAUAAUAAAGUUGGAAUAGCUCCGGCGAAGUAUUACGAUGAUAUAUAUUUUGAUUCAGAUUCUGAGGAUGAAGACAAAUCAGCACAGGUGACCAAGAAGAAAAAGAAGAAACGACACAGGAUUCCAACAAAUGAUGAAUUACUAUAUGAUCCUGAAAAAGAUAACAGAGACCAGGCCUGGGUUGAUGCACAGAGAAGGGGUUAUCAUGGUUUUGGGUUACAGAGGCCACGUCAUCAACAGCCUGUUCCAAAUAGUGAUGCUGUUUUGAAUUGCCCAGCUUGCAUGACGACACUGUGCCUUGAUUGCCAAAGGCAUGAAUCCUACAAAACUCAGUAUAGAGCAAUGUUCGUGAUGAAUUGUUCUGUCAACAAAGAGGAGGUUCUGAGAUAUAAAAACUCAGAGAACAGGAAGAAGAGGCGGGGCUAUAAGAAGAUGAGGUCUAACCAUGAAGAUUCUGCAGAACAGGCAGAGACAGAAGUGGAAGAAAUCUAUCACCCAGUCAUGUGUACAGAAUGUUCCACAGAAGUGGCAGUCUACGACAAGGAUGAAGUCUUUCAUUUUUUCAAUGUUUUAGCAAGCCAUUCCUAAACAGCUCAGCUAGCAUGCAUUACCCAAUACUGUUUUUAAGGCAAAUAUGUACAGUUAUUUUCCCUUUGUCUAUUCAUAUCAUUAAUUGAUGUUGAGAUAUUUGAGGAAGCAGUAUUUUAUCUUGUGAAGAAUGGUUAUCAAACUUUAUCUCCUCACCUUUUUUUUUUCCUUAAGUUUUCUUACGAAUACUGACGGAACUGAUUAUUCAUUCCCUUUUUGAUGGACAUUUGGAAACUGGGGUUUUUGUUUAUUAAGGCUCUUUAGAAUUAAAAUGUUCUGGAGUUAUAACUAA